AACUAACACCUACUUCCUCAAAUGUUUACUCGGUUAUUAUUAGAAAUCCGUCAGUUACGGAUUAUUCUGUGGCUCCGUGAACGUCUUUUAUGUUUAAAAAGUCUAAUUAACAAUAAAAGCUCGAUUCGAAAUAAACGUGUUAAUUCGAUUAAAAUAAUUCUGGGAGAUAAUAUCCGAGGAGCACGGCAUCGACCCCACGGGAGUGUACAGAGGAACCAGCGACCUGCAGCUCGAACGGAUCUCGGUCUACUAUAAUGAGGCCUCUGUUGCGACGGCGGAGAACGGGGGCAAGUACGUCCCCCGCGCCAUCCUGCUCGACCUCGAGCCCGGGACUAUGGACGCCGUGCGCUCCGGGGGCUACGGCCAGCUGUUCCGCCCGGACAACUUCGUCUUCGGUCAGUCCGGCGCAGGGAACAACUGGGCCAAGGGUCACUACACAGAGGGAGCUGAACUCGUCGACGCCGUACUCGACGUAGUGCGCAAGGAGUGCGAAAACUGCGACUGUCUCCAGGGCUUCCAACUGACACACUCACUGGGAGGCGGCACCGGGUCCGGCAUGGGCACGUUACUCAUCUCCAAGAUCAGAGAGGAAUAUCCCGACAGAAUCAUGAACACAUACUCAGUAGUCCCCUCGCCCAAAGUAUCAGACACCGUCGUAGAACCUUACAACGCGGUGCUCUCCAUCCAUCAGCUAGUCGAAAACACAGACGAAACAUAUUGCAUAGAUAACGAGGCCCUAUACGAUAUCUGCUACAGAACACUCAAAGUGCCCAACCCGACUUACGGCGACCUCAACCAUCUCGUGUCGCUCACCAUGUCCGGUGUCACCACCUGCCUCAGGUUCCCCGGUCAGUUAAACGCCGACCUCCGCAAGUUGGCCGUCAACAUGGUUCCCUUCCCCCGUCUCCACUUCUUCAUGCCCGGAUUCGCCCCCCUGACAUCUCGCGGCAGCCAGCAGUACCGCGCCCUGACCGUUCCCGAGCUCACCCAGCAGAUGUUCGACGCCAAGAACAUGAUGGCAGCCUGCGACCCUCGCCACGGCCGCUACCUCACCGUGGCCGCCAUCUUCCGUGGUCGCAUGUCCAUGAAGGAGGUGGACGAGCAGAUGCUCUCUAUUCAAAACAAAAACAGCAGCUUCUUCGUAGAAUGGAUCCCCAACAACGUGAAGACUGCCGUGUGCGACAUUCCUCCCAAGGGUCUCAAGAUGUCUUCCACGUUCAUCGGAAACACGACAGCCAUCCAAGAGCUGUUCAAGCGCAUCUCGGAGCAGUUCACCGCCAUGUUCAGACGUAAGGCUUUCCUCCACUGGUACACCGGCGAGGGGAUGGACGAGAUGGAGUUCAACGAAGCAGAGAGCAACGUCAACGACCUGGUCUCCGAGUACCAGCAGUACCAGGAGGCGACGGCGGAAGACGACACGGAGUUCGACCAGGAGGAGAUGGAGGAGCUGGCGCAGGACGACCACCACGACUGAUCGUGGGCUCCGCGUCGAGUAUUUCAUUUCAUAUAUUAGAGGCUAAGUCGCGUGCAUUUUCAUAUGUAUCAUAAUACCAAAGUCUCCCAACCUUGGACCAAUGAUGAAGCACUGGAGCGGUCACGCCGGUGACCGGACUCGGAGUGCGCCUCAUCAAAUCUGUAUUAACUAUACAAGAGACGUACCAAUCUAUGCAUUUCGUACAUUUAAGUUAUUGUCUUGGAUGCUUUUAUAUAUUAAUUUAUAAUUAAAUGUUUUAAACCGA